AUGUCGUCAAAGUUUCAACGUGUGUGCGUCGGAUGUAAGAAUGUGAAAGUUAAAUGCGAUUGCCCCAGCACUAACAUAACGAAGUCGGGUAAUAGUAAUAUUCUCUUGCGUCCUUCUGCCCUGAGUCCACCUGAUAACGUCAUCCUAUCGCCAGGGGGAUCCAAUGAUAAUGUAACCUUACGCAAAAAUACGACAGCGUGUGCACAAGACCGUGAGCAGGUGGAGUAUGUCACGGAACGUUCCCUGAGGGAUAUUAUGAGAAAUGAAAUGGCAGACAUGCUUAAAGUUUUCAUCCAGCAAUAUGUGACGGAACAAUUCGUAACUGCUACAAAUGACUUGUGUAAAAAAAUGGAAAAGUUAACUUCAACUUUAGAGAAUUUUAACUCACGAAUGAGUAAUGUCGAGGAGCGUGUGGCGAUUGUUGAGAAACGACUGGAUGCUUCUGUUAAUCGAGAAGACUCAAGUACUAUUGCGAAUUUUCAAUCAAAAAUAAACCAAUAUGAACAGGAGUGCAUUCGUAAUGAUUUGGAAAUCACUGGUUUACCGGAAGAGAAAAAUGAAAGCCCACUUCACCUGACUUCUCUUUUAGCCAAAAAACUCGGUGUCACCCUGGAUGAACGUGAUAUCGUCAGUGCUGAGCGAGUGGGUCGGAAAAUGUUCGCAGCUGAGUAUGACCUAAGUAAGGAAGAAGGCGCAACACUAGUGCGCCCGCGCGCUCUCGUCGUCCGGCUGGUGCGGCGCAGCACCCGCGACGAGUUCCUACGCGCUGCGCGGGUGCGGCGCGGAUUCGACUCCGCUGGCGUCGUGGCGGCCGCCCCCACGCGUCGCGUAUACGUCAACGAGCGGCUGACGCGCUUCAAUAGACAGUUAUUUUACAAGGCACGCGAGGAGUGUCGUCGCCUAAAAUGGAAAUUUGCCUGGACCAAGAAUGGCAACAUUUUUGUUAGGCGUGAUCACACCCAGACGGCAAUAAGGAUUCACGACCAUGCAGACAUCGAAAGGGUUUUUGGCAAUAUCUCAGUUAGCUCUAAUUAG